GAGCGUUGAACUAUUAGUGGACGCGUGACUUUAACGGCAGGUCCUGUGCUGCUUCUCUUUUGUUGAAAGUUGGAUUCUGAGGCAGUUUCCUGUCCAUAAAUUGAGAAGUAUCAGUAUUUAAUGCAUGGAGUGUGUAGCUGUGCCUCAUACCCUACAAGCUACUUUUCUUCAGCUACUCCUAGCGCCAGAUGGAUGACAAUGAUCAAGAAAGGCACCAACCCUUGCUCACCACCUACUAUGAGAAUUGCCCAGGUUGCCAGAUUGAUCUCUCCAAAGAGACCAACCCUCGCAUUCCCUUCAAGCUUUUAUUCUACGUUUGGGUUAUUGUGCUUUGCGCAGCUUUGCCUAUAUCAUCUCUUUUUCCUUUCCUUUAUUUUAUGAUAAGGGACUUCCAUGUUGCAAAAAGAGAGGAAGAUAUUGGCUACUAUGCUGGUUAUGUGGGAUCUGCGUAUAUGUUUGGAAGAGCUUUGACUUCUGUUCUCUGGGGAGCGAUUGCGGAUCGAUAUGGUCGAAAACCUGUCAUAAUAUUUGGCAUAAUUACAUUGAUUAUUUUCAACACACUCUUCGGGCUCAGCACAAGCUUUUGGAUGGCAAUUUCUAUGAGGUUUUUUCUUGGAAGUUUGAGUGGCAUACUUGGUCCGAUGAGGGCAUAUGCCUCUGAAGUUUGUAGAAAAGAAUAUCAAGCUUUAGGAAUGUCAAUUAUAAGCACAUCAUGGGGCAUUGGAUUAGUUAUUGGUCCAGCUCUUGGAGGCUUUCUUGCGCAGCCUGCAGAGAAAUAUCCAAACAUUUUUUCCAAGGAUUCUCUUUUUGGGAGGUUUCCAUACUUCCUACCUUGCCUUUUGAUAUCAAUCUUUGCAUUGGGUGUAUUUGUUCUUUCUUGUUCACUUCCGGAAACAUUGCACAACCAUAAAGGAAGUGACAAAGAAUGCAAUGAGUCUAACUCAAAUCAAAGAGCAGAAAUGUGUGAAGGAAAAAGCCUAGUUUCUGAAGAAAGCCUGCUGAAAAAUUGGCCCUUAAUGUCCUCCAUUAUAGCGUAUUGUGUGUUCCAACUUCAUGACAUGGCCUAUGCAGAGCUUUUCUCGUUAUGGGCUGUUAGUCCCAGGAAAAAUGGGGGAUUGAGCUAUUCCACUGCAGAUGUUGGUGAAGUUCUUGCAAUUUCAGGCUUUGGACUGCUGCUCUUUCAGCUAUUCUUAUACCCACUGGUGGAAAGAAAUUUGGGACCUGUCAUGGUAUCUCGCAUAGGAGCAGUCCUGACCAUCCCAUUGCUGUCUAGCUACCCUUUUAUAGCUAUGCUAGAAGGCCUCAACCUCACACUACUGAUUGACUGUGCAUCUGUGCUGAAGAAUGUGCUCUGUGUAUCAAUCACAACAGGAUUGUUCCUUCUACAAAAUAGAGCUGUGGCACAGAAGCAAAGGGGAGCUGCAAAUGGGAUUUCAAUGUGUGCAAUGUCCUUAUUCAAGGCGAUUGGUCCUGCUGCAGGAGGUUUCAUCUUUUCAUGGGCUCAAAAGCGUCAAGAUGCUUUCUUUCUACCAGGUGAUCAAAUUGUUUUCUUCAUCCUAAACAUAGUUGAGGUGAUUGGCCUGCUAAUGACCUUCAGACCUUUUCUAGCUCUACCAUCAAACAAUAUUUCAUAGUACAAUUCUAGAGACUCAUCAACCAAGAUAUCUAAGUUGGACGAGUGGUAGAAAAUUUUUUUCUUCUCCACUUCCAUCUUUCUAUAUUUCAAUCAAUCAUGUAGAUUGGAAUUGAGAUAUUUAGAUAGCAAUGCCUUUCCUUGCGCUGUUUUACUUAUUUUUAACCUUGUGGGAAUAUUGUUUAGGCCCUUUUUCAGUGGCUGUGUAGUUUGCAACAUUAGGCGUUCGUUAUUCAUGCCAACAGUGAAGAUUGUUGUAGUCCUUGCUUGUGAUAAAUACUAAACUAGUAGUUGAUGAUCUACUUUACGUUAUUGUUUGCAACAUGCGGAAAAAGAAAUGAAUUCAUUUCUAAUAAGAUCACAAUUUCUUUUUUCUUC